ACGAGAUCCACCUCGAGCACACGACCCCAGCAGCCGGACUGGCAUGUCGUUGCCAAGGUCAAGUAGCCCGCAGCGAACGAAAGGGCAUGGCAUCUAAGCCCUGAUGGGAUUUGUUGUGACAUUGUGCGGGCGGCAGCUGGUGUGCGCAGGUUAAGCCACCCAGGGCUCCUCCGACCCGUGGUGCCAGCAUCUCCUGCAUUCUUUCAACAAUGCACCGGCUCAAUUCGCAUACGAGUCUGUCCAUGCUUAGAUGCUAGCAGUGCACUGUCGAAACGAAACAUGAAGUCGUUUUGGGGCUUAAAAUAGCAGCCGACCGUGCUUCGAUUCUGCCGCAGCCGAGCGGAGCACCCACGGCAAAAGUCUGUGCAGGCAGACCGGCCAUGGGCGUCGUGUAUGUGCACUCAGAGGCUCACUGCGCGUCGUCGACGUGCUUGCUGGUGGACAUGUGGCUCUUGGUUGGGCUCGUGUUCACCGUCAUCGUCGGCUACAUUCUCGUCCUUUUUGCACGGAGGUGCAUCGCCAACUUCCUGAGGCGGCGACACAAGGUCGAAGUGGACCUGACAAGCCGCAACAACGAGAGCAUGAUUCGAAAAGACGUUGACCAGGCCCAGAUUCAGAGCCGCAAGAACACAGCCAAGUCGGGCCACCAGUUUCUGGAGGCCCGCAACGGGAUUGCCAGCUUUUUAGGAAAGAAGAAGCGGAAAAUGACGACCAAGACACUGCGCGCUGAAGACAUGUUCCAACAGCCAACGUACGAGGAGAAAGCAGUCAUGGCGGUCGCACCAUCCGAUAUGCGUGUGAAGCAAGAAGAGGACAAGUUGCGCAAACUCACCACCAUGCGACGCGUGAGCAUGACGGCGCAGUCGAACGUGAGCUUCAAGGUCGCAGACAACGUCUUCGCAUCCGUGUACGAAGUCAAGCUGCCCGAAGUGCACUUGGUCAAGCAGUUGGCGAUCGGUCCUUUCUCCGAAGUGUACGCGGGAGUGUGGCGUGGGACCAAGGUCGGGGUCAAGCUGCUCAUGCCCAAAGAAACGUACCAGGAGGGCGUCGCGGAAGCCGUCAAGAACUUUCGGCGAGAGAUUUGGGUCAUGAGCCGACUCGACCACCCGAACGUUCUCCAGCUCAUCGGGGCCAGCUUGACGUCGAGCUGCUACGUCUUGAUCAUGGAGUACAUGGCGAAUGGGUCGCUCUACGAGUACCUGCGCGACGCCAAGAACAUCGUUCCACUCCAGUUGAUUUUACACAGCGCACAAGAUAUUGUCCGCGGCAUGCUACACGUUCACGACCAUGACAUCCUGCAGCGGGAUUUGAAAACCAAGAACCUCCUCGUAUCCGACCACUUGGUCGUGAAAGUAUCGGACUUUGGGCUGUCCCGUUAUAAGGACAAGAUGUACGGCGAAUACACGUUUGUCGGGACCCCGUUUUGGGCUGCUCCUGAAGUCAUCCGGCACGAUAACUACACGGAAAAGGCCGACGUUUACAGCUUUGGAGUGGUUUUGUGGGAGCUCAUCGAGCGGACGGACCCGUAUGUUGGCAUGAAUCCGCUGCAAGUUCCGCUCUUGGUGUGCCAGGAGGGCCUUCGGCCGUCGCCGUUUCGAAACCCGGCGCCAGAGACCUACGUGGCUCUCAUGAAAGAGUGCUGGGAUGGUGACAUGGACAAGCGGCCGAGCUUUUCAGACAUUUACCAGCGGCUGCAUGCAAUCUCGGUGCAGUACCAGCAGCAAACAGACGUCGUUGUGGCGCCCCUGGCGACCGAAAAACUGAGCGACUUGGCCGCUCACGUCAACCACGCGAGGCGGCGAGCGAGUGUUGUGGGGAAGCACGACUUUGAGUGCUCCCACGAGGCAAUGAUCAAGAAGAUUCCGAUCAAGCAAAGCCGAUCCAAGACCGGCAGUACCCUUGUCACGGCCGACCAGAUUAAAGUGCUGCGGAGUAUGUACAAGGGCAGCAAACGGUAGAAUGCAGCAACCAUACAAUAGAACCACGUAGCCUUCACUCGUAUGGUCGGCGG